UUUUAUCACACUCCAGAGGCAUACGUAUAGUGUUAACAAAACUGACAGUAAGUAAUAAAGAAUUGCCUUUCUCUCUCUCAUCACUUUGAUGAAUAGUUAAGGAUUUCUACUCCUCGUUUGGGAAGGAAACCACUCGGGUCAGAGUCACUACAAAAUGCUUUCAAUGGGUAGGUCUAGUAGGUCUGUUACAAUUUUAUUUCAAUUUCUUCUUUUUUUUUUUUUUAUCUCUUUUUUUUACCAGACCACAAAAACAUUUCUUUCACUAGAACUCAAAAAACAUAUGCUAGUGUAUAAUCACCCACAUAUUCAGGUUUAAGCAUCACUAGCCCCGCAGAGAGUCACUUAGUCAGCAUAACUUAACCACAUUUAGAACGUUCCCCGCGACCAAGUUCAGGUUAUGGUGUCAGUGUACGUCAGGCAGCAGGAGAAGGAGGUUGUAUGCUGGAGCUCCGGCUGGUCGACGUUUGGAGUGUCUGUUUGUGUGUGUGUGUGUUUGUGUUGCUGAGACCAAGCCUCGUGAUUACGCUAAAUCCUUUGCCAUCAAUCGCCGCCGCUGAACUGAUCGAGCCUCAACCUCUACUAACCAUAUCUAUCGACCGGCAACCAAGAAUCCCGGGCGAGAGAGGAGGCCCAUAAAUCCUGCAACUCAUCGAGCGUCUGAAGGAGGUCGAGCGGGCAGCCGUGAGAUGCCCUGGGUGCUUGCAAGAUCGCCGUGUCAUUACGUCACUCGAAAGGGGUUUUAAAGACGGCACCCAACGGUAAGACGCAGUUUUGUCGAUAACAUGGCAAAAAAAUACUCUUCAAAGACAUCGACUAACUCUGAAGACCCAACAUCUACCUGCUGCUAAAGAAAGAAUCACUGUACGACAUGGCAAAGCGAGGCAACAUGGUUACUGGGUUCCUUAUGCUGACUAUGGUCUGUUGUUGCCUGGGAACUGACUCUCCGAAUCCCAAGGGAGAGUGGGAAACGUCAGAUGGGAUCCUGGGGACAGCAAACAGCACUGAAGGACGCCUUUCCAUUUCUUCAGCUUAUGAAACCCAAGAUGACACGGAUGAUUGGCAUGAGCGAGUCCUUGGCGACGACUUAACGAAGAAGUUUGAUGUUGACGAUCAAAAGGUGGAAAGGAUAUCCCAAGAGACCAAAAUGGCAUUUGGGAAUAAGGAGGGAAAAGGAGACAGAUCGGAUGAUGAAAAUAAAUACUCCUUGGUCAGAAGAAAGAGAGAAACGAGCAUAGAAGAGGAAGGAGACGGAGGAGAGGUAAUUAGUGACGAAGACGAACCGGAGGAACUGCCAUCGCCUGAGGGUCUCGCCUGGGUCGAUCCAGCCACACUAGCGAACCAGGGGUAUUCCGUCGAGAACGUUCCCUCGCUGGCUAAUCUCAUGGGCCUGAGGGUAGUCAAGUACAGGAAUCAACAGCCUAUUCCCUCCCGUCUGGGCACCUCAUCUUCAGCCUAUUCUCCGAGCAGAUAUAGGCCUAGACCUGUACAAUAUUCGAAGUUCAAUAGACCCGUGGGCUCCGAUCCAGGUUACACGAGAACGGACUUCAAGUCUCUCACUUAUGACAACAACCUUUUCGGAGACUCGUUCCACAAUUCUUUCCACUCCUACUACAAGGAAGAGAAUGAUACAUUACCCUAUAGUAACAGUCACGGCCCACCGCAGGGGAUAAGCAGCUGGCGAAGAAGGUCUCACUCCUCUAACAGUGAAUCCCGAUACCCCUAUAACAGCCCCACCAACGGGAGACAGAGUCAACCUCCUUUUCCGUCCGGCGGCUCCGGCGGCGGCUUCCUGGACAUGCUGGAUCCUCUGAAUCUCUUUAAGGGGAGUCAGGGUCCUCUGCCCCCCCGGCACUCGAAUCCCGUCCCUCCCCCUGGCUACGACCCCCGACGUCCCAGGCCCCAGCCACGGCCUCCUCCCUCGAACUCCCGCUCGGAGACAGGAGACUCGCCGGGCGUGAAGUAUGAGGUGGUUGUUGACAAGGACCAGCGAAAUCGCGGAUACCAAUUCCGCGAGGAUUAUCCUCUGCGGGAUGACUUGUAUAUCGGGAUGGACGGUAACAUUUAUAUAAAAGACAAUUCCGUUGAAAAUCCAGCUGUGUCGUAUGGUGAUGAUCCGUUUGAGGAGAACAGCAGGCCAAAGCACACGUCCGGGCACCAGAGACCGUAUCGGCCACGGUCUCGACCAGAUCGGGUUCGACCGAAAUUUCCCCGAAAACAGAUUGAAGACAAAGAUACCUUUGAUGAAAAUGAGUAUCGCGAACUCCUCAAAAACCACAACUUAGACGAUUAUUCUUCACGAGAACCUCCAGCCUCGAUCCAGAAUUUUCUCCCCGAAGAUAAUUCAGACUAUAAGUCAAAUUCUCAGGAGAAUCCUCGAGGACAGCAUAAUGGUCGAUAUCCAAACAACAGCCGUCGACCCUCCAGGCAAAACCGCUACCCAGGCACACGAUACUUCGACUGGUUCACCCCAGUGCGCGGUCGAAUCAACUACCCAUCGUUCUUCACAGACCCUCGACAGGUGAGGCUUCCGGGAUUUCGAUAUCCUCCUCGACAUCGACGCAUGCCCGUCCCCCCGCGUGCUGGGACUCCUGUCAUCCCCCCGAACGUCCGUCACUCACGACCCACUCAGCGCCCCGAUUUAACCCAACGCCGUCCUUCGUUCCCCAACUCUUCGCCUCCUCGCUCCUCUUUCCCUAAAUCACUUCCUGCUCGGCCUUCCUUCUCGAAUCCUUCUCCUCCUCGUCCGCGCCCUUCCUUCCCCAUUACCUCUCCCCCUCGUUCCAAGCCGGCACAAUCGCGACCAAACUUUCCUUUUGACAGGCCCCAGAGCGACCUAACAAGUAACCACAACACUCGUCUCCGGGGAUCUUCGUCAGCUGAUGACUCCCGUGGGAAGCCUGGGGGAACAAAGGGCUUCUACCCCGGAAAUGGCUUCUUUGACGCUGAUUUUCCCACUUUAUUCCACAUGAUGCCGUCCAAUCGACAUAGAGUUUAUGAACCACUGCCCAGACCUUUAGCACUAAAUACGACAACAGUGGAGGAAGAGUGAAUGGAUCCGUUGAUCAAAGGCGUUUAGUAUCGUAUAGAUUUUAGAAAUUAUAUGCUUGCUGUGGUAUGUGAAAAGAAGAAAAAAACGAAGGACAGUUACGGAAUAUACAACACGUUUACUGUGUGUGAGUGCCUAAUUUCACUGACAGUGCAAGUUUCUAGACGGCAUUUAUUGAUAAAAGUACAAUACACAGUGAAAUCCAUAUGUGAUCGGUGUGCGACAUGAGCGUAUUUUAUUAACAUCGGGCAGCUGAUGUCUAAAACAAAUGCUGUAUCCCAUAUGCACACGUGUUAAGCUGGAAAUGAUAUUCAUGUGGCAUUAUUUAUGGUAAACUGAAAAUAGAAUGAAUAUAGCCCUAGGUGUUUCUAAGAAACAGUUUCUAAAGGUACGUUAUUAGUUCAAUGCUGUGACAACAACGUGAUAUAUGAAAUGCGAUUCUGAAAUUGUGGACAAUGGUACUUUUACCGAUACAUAUUACAUGUAUCGGUACAUAUUCCAAGUAUCAAAUGAAGUUAAAUAACAUUCCUUUGGAUUGUGGGAAUCUUUUAUUUUAUUGACUGUAUUCAGUGAGAGCAAGUUUGCAAUUUCCGGCAGGACUGUUGGUGUGGAAUUUGCUAUCUUUAUGAUCAGAUAUACCGAAACCAAUUACCAUAAUCCCAUUAACCCUCAUAUAGGCAACCAUUUACCAUGCAUAAUAAGGGGCCGAUUUUUCAAUAAUGAGUUGGGUAAUUUAUAAAGAUAACUCUCUAUUAAUUUUCCUUAUAUAUGUUGACUAUUAGAUCAUUCCAGGCUGCAAGUGUUUUUGUAAAUAAAUAUCAUACUUUCCUGUGAUCUAUGAUAAACGUGAGGUAUCAAUAAAAUACAUUUCA